CAGUCGGUCAUUUUGAGCGUUAAUGAGUCAUUUGAGGCAUGCAAUGCAUUCAAUCGUUCGUCGCAACACUUCAAGUGGUGGCCACCCUCCCCUCCCCUGCUCUCCGUCCUUCUCAUCCAUACGAAAGUGUCCAUUUCCACGUUGUACCACAGUCAUGUAUCGGUGGAAGGGUCGGGGAUUCAGUCAUGUGUCUGGCAGACAAGCGAGAGCGAAUCCAUCCAGACACAUGACUGAAUCCCCGACCCUUCCACAGAGGCAGGAUCUGCACUGGUCGUUGCAUACACAGAUUCAUGUACGACAAAAGAAAGACACACAGACACCAUCAUCCCCCCGUUGCUCUCUCUUGGUGACAGCAGCAUGCGUGGCAGCUCUCCAUUGAAAGGCAACAUCAAUUAUAACACGGGCACUACAAAAGCCAUCCAAUGAUGAUCGAUCAUCAGCGCGUGAGGGACAGACAGGUCAAAACCAACGUACAGUCCAAGUGCGAAGUCGGCUGCAAUGCAUGCAUGCGCAUAGAGAGGCGUAUGGAAAGCAAAACUGUCACCCGGGCGUACAGAGAGAGAUGUGUGGGCUGCAGAAGGGAGAUGCUGUACAAAUAUGGGUUGGUAAGGGAGAAGAGUGAUCAGUGAGACACACAGACACAAAGACAGACAGACAGACAGACAGACAGGUGUGUCGUUGAGCGCGGCGAGGAGAAGAUGGCUGGUUGACUCGCUGACAGGCAGACAGGAAGACAGACAGACAGACAGACAGGCAGGGAGGGAGGGAGGAGGGGAGGGAGCUAGAACAAACGCUAUGGUACACACACAUCAACACCCACAUCCACACAGAUGGACAGACAUUGAGCAUACAAGAUGACGCGCCUGAUGUGCGUCCCUCUCCUGUCUACCAAAAGCCCCCUGACUGCUCUCACUAAUCAAUCUCAUCUCGCACCGUGCUCACUCUAGCCACCUGUACAUUCAGCGCACGCACGGUGUGAUGCACACACACACACACACACACCAUCAUAUGCAGUGACAUACAUAUACACGCGACAGCAACCACACACACCCCGAGAAAACGUCACACACGACAAAACUGUGCCCCGUACACCCACUACUGCACAUGCGUCUGUCGCGUCUGUUGUGCGGCUCUCUGUGUGCCUACUCAUCAUCUGUCUGGCUAUCUGUCUCUGUGUCGGUCGGUCGCCAUCAACGCAUCUCAUAUGCACAGCGAAAACUGAUGCAGAGGGGACGAGAGACCGGACCACAAGGAAGCGAAACGAGAGAGAACGACUGCACAGCAACGGUAUCAUGAUACAACCACAACGCAACACGAUCGAUGGACUAACUGAAUUACCGCCAAUUGAUGAUUGAUGAGAUAAACAAAAAGAACUCGCCUGCCUCGCCGCGCCCUUGUGGCAGACGGGGUGGCCUCCUCUGUCCUCCUUCCUUUCCUCUCAGCGCCUUGUCUGCCUCCCCUCACCUGACUUACACUAACUCUCCAUUCUCCAUUCUCAGACGAACGUUCCAAACAACACCACUCUCUGUCCCUCCAUCCAUCUCUCUAUCUAGCUAGCUAUGACACACUGGAUACCCCUCCACACACACCGCCCGUCCGUGCAUGUGUGUCUCACAUGCACCCCUCGCCGUCCCGCCCUUGCCCGUCAGAAGCGUACGCCUCAGACACACCCGGCGGCGGCCGCACAUCCCUCGUCGGGCACGCCCCUCCCCUCUGCCGACCCGCACUAUCGCUGCCGUCCCUCGAGCGGAUGAGGGCUCUCAGCUGCGACCUCUCCAGCUCAAUGGGCAUCCCGCUGGCUCUCGCUAGGGCCGGCGAUACAUAGGGGGCUGGUGGCGGUGGGCGAGUGGCGGCCAGUGUGGCCGUCACCAUCGAUGGGGGCGUGUAGGGGCUGCCUGGAGGGGUGGCGCUUUGCUGCGGUUUCUUGCUGCGUGUGGCGGGUUUGGCCGCGUAGACUGGCGAGAGGGGGUAUCGGGAGAGGCGCAUCUGCUCGCGUAUGAGUUCUUGCCGGAGUGCUUUGCGUUGGUAGCCGCGGAGGAGUCGCCGGAUGUCCUCCAUGUCAGGGGAUGAUGACGAAGCAUCACCGCCCUUGCUGCUGCCGCUACCGCUACUGGCCUGCAAACAAGACAACCAGUGCCCAUUGCUGUCUCUCUCGCAGGCCGUGUGUUUGUUCAGCUCACCAGCACUGGCUUGUUGGUGUUUUGCAAGGCGCUGGGUGUGCUGAGGAAAGGCGCCCUGGCGAGGUCGUUAUCGAGGUCAUUCUUGAAGAGCCCCAUGGCUAUUCUGAACUUGAGUCGCGUCCAAUAGCCCCACCAGCUGGGCAGACCGCUCGAGUCUGACAGGCGGCUCUCGAGAGACCUGAUCGAUUCAUUGUCACGCACACAGACAGAUGCCAUGUGCUGGGUAUGUCGGUCGUUGUGUGUGUGUGUGUGUCCCUCCCUCCCUCCCUCCCUCCCUCACUUGUAUAGUAUUUCGUCUGCGUUGUGUAUGCACCGGAAGUACUGCUCAUCGACCCCCUUCAUGUCAAACAGAAACGGGGGCAGCAGAUACCUGAACACACAGAUAGAUCGAUGUGUAUCGGUUUUUCCGUUGCUGCAUCGGUCGUGUCGUGUCGAUGGAUCGGACCUGCCGGCGAUGGUGAUUGAUGCCGGCGCGGCCCUCUUCUUCUUGUUCUGCAGGUAGAGCUCGCAGGUACAGUAGUUGACGUCAUGCUGCAUGCACGUACGGUCCACUGGACAAACACACACACACACAGAGGCCAUCCACUGCACAAUCUCAUGAAAACACCCUCGCCGUCCGUCCCCUCACCUCCAUCGACCGGUAUCGCGUCAUCUCGCCUCGGCCGACACUGGGUCGCUACACACCAACCACGAGAAACACACGUGCAUCCCCCUGUCUGCCUGCCUGCCUGCCUUGAUGUCCUCACCGACGGAGAGUUCCUUGGUAGGUCCACAGUAGGUGCCAUAUCUGUUGAGCGAGUUGAUGACCCGCUGUGUGCGCCUCUCAGACACCUCGGGGGCGUCAGGCCGGGCCGCCUCCUGCACCUCUCGCCCUGGGAAGCUCUCGGGCAGUGUGCUCACACUCAGGAUGCGGGGCACGCCGGAGGCCGGGGCUGAGGGGUCGGCUGACGCCACGUGUGCUAUAACAGGGGGAGGGGGGGCUUGGGCAUACCACGCGUGUGGGACGAGGGGCUGCAGAAAGCUGCUGCUCCUGCUGGAUGUGACAGACGCGGGAAGGGCAGUUUGAGUGCAGAGAAGGACAGUGGUGAGGGGCAGGAGGGCAUGGCAGCACAUCUGGUCCGUGUCUGAUGACAGAUCCUCCUCCCGCGAUGCGAAUGUGAGCUAAGAGUUGCAGGGGUUCUGUGCGAAAGAGCCGCA